AUGGUCUCAAAGUUCCUAGGAGUAAGCAAAACCUCAAGCUUCUUGGCUCCAUAUAAAGGUACACGUUACCAUUUAAACUUGUGGAGAGGAAGUGCUCCUACAAACUACAAAGAAUUGUUCAACUUGCGUCAUUCAUCCGCACGUAAUACUAUUGAAAGAGCCUUUGGGUUAUUGAAAAAGAGGUGGGCUAUAUUGAGGAAAAGUAGCUUUUAUGAUAAGCAAACACAAGUAAGAAUCAUAAAUGCAUGCUUUGUUCUCCAUAAUUUUGUUAGAGAAGAAAAUUUGGACGAGGAGAAUUUGUUAAAUGAGGUGGACGAUGAUUUAUCAAAUGUAGAAGCUUUUGAUACAAUGGAGGAUGAAGGGGAGGAUUUUAUUUCAACGGCACAAGCCUUACCUCAAUGGAAUAACUUAAGAGAUGAAAUGUCACAAAAAAUGUUCCGAGAAUACCAAGCUCGAAGGAGAUGGAGACUUUAA